AUGCAACAUUAUACAUCAGAAUCCUGGAUUGAUAUUCAAUCAGAAGAAAAACAAACUCUAACUCCAGAAACAACUACGAGUUCAUUCGCCGAUCGAGAUCUUUUGUCCAGUAUGCACAUCAAUGAAAACUUAUUAUUAGAAGCACAAAAGGAAUCAUCACGUGUUGGCUCGAAAAGUUCACAUAGUGAUAGCUCAUCACCGAAGAGUCCGAAGAGUCCAAUUCAAACGGAUGAAAAUGUCGCUAACUGGAUGUUAUAUUGGUCGCGUGUUGAAUCUGAACCACCAAAAGAAUGGAAAUUUCUUCAUCCGAUCAAUCGAAGCGUCCGUGAUCAAUUACUCGACGAAGACGAAGAAGAACGCGCAGCCGAAGAGGCAGCCAAAGCUUUAAUCGAAAAAAAACGUAUGCGUUAUGUUCUCUUAAGCAAUUGUGCCAGUUUUCUUCUUGGCAUGGGAAUUAUGUACUUAUGUUUACGUCGCUAUCUUCGUAUGAAAACACCCUACUUCUAUACAUUGGAUUAA